CAUGGCGCCGCCGAAUAUUUGACAAAGUAACUGCAACCAUCUAUAAGUAUCUACAGUGUUAGGUGUGAACUACUACUCUGGUGUUGCUGCGAUAGUCAAUUUGUCACAAUGAGUAAGGAGGCGGAAAUCGCAGCGUGUUUUGCAGACGCGGAAAAGCAUCUGAAGACAUCGUUCUUUAAAUGGCAGCCGAAUUUCGAGCUGGCUGCUGAUUGUUAUCAGAGAGCUGCGCAAUUGCUUCGUGGCCAACACGAAAAACAGCGAGAUGCUUUGCUGAAGGCCGCCGAUUGUUUCGUUAAACAAGGCUCAUUUUACUCUGCUGGAAAACAGGUCGAGGCAGCUGCUCUAACCUCGAGAGAUAUGAAAGACUACCCGCAGGUGUCAGCGCUCUUUGAACGGGCUAGCAAUCUCUUUGUCCAGCACAGAAGUCCGGAUUCGGCGGCGCUAUGCCUUGAAAAAGGGGCUAAAAUAUUAGAACAAAAUGAACCACACUGGAAGGACGCACGCGCAUUCUACAAACGAGCAGCGGAACUUGCUCUCAUGGAAGAAAAAAAUCGACAGGCCGGAGGGUUUUAUAAUUCAGCUCUACGAAUCGCUCUUAAACUCAAGGAUUACGAUGAUGCUUUGAAUAUGGUUCUUCGGCAACGCGAAUGCUACGAGAAAGACGGAACCAGCGGUGAUCUGUCAGGACGUCUUGUCGUUUAUCAGAUACUCAUUCAGAUAGCUCGUGGAGACGAAAUCGCUGCGCAGAAAGCCCUCAGGGAUGGCUCGGGAUGGCUUGAUCAGGAGCAAUACGAUAUCAUGUCUACCCUAUUGAAGGGCUUCGACGAGCGUGAGCCUAAAUUAAUCGUACACGCUUUGAACCAUCCCUUUCUUAAACAUUUGGACACCGAGAUGGCUAAGGUGGCGAGACAGCUUCGUAACAUCCAUGCCGAAAAGGCCAAAGAGUCAACUAGCCAAAGUUCAUCGGGCGUUGAACUAGGCCAGGGUGAAGUCAAUGGGACAGAGGAGGACACCUUCGAUGGUAGCGACCUUUGUUAAGGCACCGAAUGAAAAAUAACGAAAAAAAUGUAAAAAAAACACCCUACCAGUUAAAAAAAACAUAUACCUACAGAUAAAUAGACAUAACCAUAGCCAUUAACAGAGUCCCGAUUUUAUAGCAUUCGUAUAAGAAGUGCGCAAGCGGGACCUUAUAUGAUUCUUAUAUAUAUAAACAGAAAGAGUUUAAUGUAAUAAUAAUACAUAUUGAUUUAUUGAUAUUAAAAAGUAAGAUUAGUUUAGUACAUAUAUGAUUCUUAUAUAUAUAAACAGAAAGAGUUCAAUGUAAUAAUAAUACAUAUUGAUUUAUUGAUAUUAAAAAGUAAGAUUAGUUUAGUAAAAAUAUUCUUAAGUUACAAGGUAACCUAUGCUGGGUCACAUGUACACCUAACGUAGAAAAAGGCAAAUACGAAUAAUAACUUCGUAACUACGCAUAUUUCGGGAUGCACGACAGCAAAAAAGAAAUCUAAUUUUCUGCUCAUGUAUGCUAAAGCAAGACAAAAUGUUGCUAUACGAUGAUGGCAUCAACUUUGACAUUUAAAAAUACGAAGCUUUUGCCCUUUUGUAACAGUAUUGUGUUCUCAAAAAAAAACUUGAGCUUGAUUUCGUGAAAAAUAUAGUUAGUCACUGAGAACAAGAAGCAGGCGAAUUGAAGCAAAUGUGAUUUUCGUUCACUACUGCCGUACAUAUUUCCGCUAGCGACCGAAGCUGAACAGUCCUAACUCUAGGUUACUAUCAAUAGCGCUAGAUAAGUAAACAGUUAGAAAUCUCAAGUGAUAUAACAUCUCCUAGUGGGUCCCACUCUGCACGAACCUAUGGAAGCUUGAUCGAUAAAAUGAGCGAGUAUGUUCUCGAAAUGGACGUCUAUUAGACGAGGCAUCUGCUACUAUACUUUCUCAUCUGAUCAAUGACGAAAUGUUUUUCAUUACCUUGGUUUUACUUAUAUCAAAUAUCAACAUGUAAUUAAUAACCAAAGUUAAUGGCAAAUUUAAACCCUAGCGGAGUUCGCCUGAGCCCAAAGACGGCCCGCUUCUGGCCAACAAUAUUCUGUUAAAGCAUAAUUAACAUAUUUUCUUAAUAACAACGAUGUUUUAUUACUAUGUAAGACGAAUGCAUAUAGGCAUGAGUAAAUAUUAUGUUUUGUGGUGAUAUUAGCAGCUAUUGAAUAUAGCUGCCAGAGGAGGCCGUCGCUUGAAGAUUAACAAAACAAACGGCUACAAAUUUAUCUGCUUGAAACAAUGUGCUAAGAAAUUAGAUAACGCACUUUGUCCGAUGAUGUUACUGAUAAGAACAUUAACAAUAAUCAUGAAGAUGAAAAUCUCA